AUGGCUGAUGGGUUAAGGGACCGACCAUGGCAGGGAUUAGCAGCACAUGUCAUGUUCUUAGCGUCCCACAUUUGUUGUGAGAGUUCCUACACGAGUGUUGGAUUGCAAGCUAUUGAUGAAAUUGUUCCCACUCUUUUACAUGCACUGGAAGAUGAUAAAACUUCCGAUACUACACUUGAUGGCCUUACAAAGAUUCUAAGUGUCAGAACAAGUGCAGUAUUGCCACACAUCUUGCCUAAACUAGUUCAUCUUCCAUUGUAUGCCUUCCAUGUACAUUCAUUAGGGGCUUUAGCAAAGGUUGCUAGUCCUUGCCUUAACUUUCAUCUUGGUACUAUGCUUCCUGCUUUGUUAUCAACAAUGGGUGAUGAAGACAAGGAGGUUCAAGCUUCAUCUAAGGAGGUAACUGAAAUAAUGGUUUUGGUUAUUGACGAGAAAGGUGUGGAGUCACUCAUAUCAGAGCUUGUGAAAGGUGUUAAUGACAGUUAGAUACUUUUCUUUUAAUUAUUGAUAGAAUGGCUCUCUCUAGACUAUUUUUUAUUGUUGACAAUAUUCUUUUCUAGGCUACUGUCAGAAGAUCAUCUGCAUAUCUUAUAGGAUAUUUAUUCAAAAAUAGCAAGUUAUAUUUGGAUGAUGAAACUCCAAACAUGAUAUCAACCCUAAUCAUUUUGCUAUGCGAUCUUGAUUCAUCUAUUAAAAAAUGUAUUAGAUAUAUUUGUUGAAAUUGAAAUGGGUCAAAUGAAUCACUAUGGGACUGAUUUUGAAGCAGCCAUGCUAAAAUAUACUUAUGCUUAUUAUUCUCGAAAGGCUUCAAAUUGGGUUCUAG